UUGAUUUUCUUUUUUUUUUUGUACAGAUACAUUUUUUGAGAAAUAUUAUUGUAUGUAUUUUGAUUAUCGAUCUGUUUAUUAUUUCUCUCUUCGUUUUUAGCGGUCCUUUUUGGUUCAUAAAAAAUCUUGGGAAGAAAAAUCAGGAUUAUGUUAAAACAGUUUCUUUGAUUUUCCCUCAUUUUCUCGUCAACCAAACAGAGUAUUAGGUAUUUGAUCCCUUAAUUACAGAUCAAAUUUGAAGUGCUUUUUUAGACCUUUGUAUUACCCCUGUUUGGUGAUGAGAGAAAGUAUAGGAAUUCCAGAAAUAUGUCAGUUUCUAGGAAAGUGAUUUUUACUUUUUUGAAUCUUGUUAUUUUAAUAGUUGAAUAAACCCUAGCAACUGAAAUGGUUGCAGGUGAGGAAAUGGAUGAUGAUUUUUUCAGUAACACCGAAAAUGUGAGGGCAAAUUGGAUGCCACCACAUGAUCAGUAUUUUGUUGAACUUUUGAUGGACCAAGUGCAAAGGGGGAACAAAACUGGCUAUGCAUUUAAACAACAGGCGUGGGUGGAUAUGAUAACUGAAUUUAAUUCCAAGUUUGGUUUUAAAUAUGAUAUAGAUGUUCUGAAAAACCGAUUCAAACGGAUGAGGAAGCAAUACAAUGAUAUGAGGAUUCUUCUUGCUCAAAGUGGAUUUGAGUGGGAUGAAGCAAUGAAGAUGGUAAAAGCUGAUGAUAAUACAUGGGAUGAGUAUCUUAAGCUUUCUGCAUCCCACUCGCAGGCCCACCCAGACAUGCAAAUAUACAGAACAAAAGCCGUGCAAUAUUACAAAGAGUUGUGUAUGAUAUGUGGGCAUACAGUUGCAGAUGGAAGAUACAGUCUUUCUUGUUUUGAUGUAGACUUUGAGAAUGAAGUGGAUGAUAAAACUCCAAGCGCUGGUGAUCGCUCAAAAAUUGACUGGACACCAACAAUGGAUCAAUACUUCCUUGAGCUCAUGCUGGCACUGGUGCAUAAAGGGAAUAAAGUUGGCCGUACCUUCAAGAAGAAAGCAUGGGUGUGUAUGAUCACAUUGUUUAAUGCAAAAUUUGGAUUUCAGCACAGUAGAGCUGUCUUGAAAAAUCGAUAUAAGAUCUUGAGGAGCCAAUAUGCUAGUAUAAGGACUCUGCUCACUCAAAAAGGGUUUCACUGGGAUGAAACCCAAAAAAUGGUGCUAGCCGAUGAUCGUGUUUGGAAUAAAUAUAUUAAGAAGAUACAAAAACAAAUCAACUCCAUGUUAUGAUUAUAUGUGCAUCAUAUGCCGCAACGAAUCUGCUUAUGGUAAAAAAAGAACUCUGCAAUGCAACAAUGCGAGUAGUGAGAAUGGAACCCCUGGUGAUAUUGGUGGAAGAUCAACG